UGUUUAUAGAGCGUGUGAUAUAUAAACUGAUUAGCGCUGUAAAACCAACACUCACGUUGUGGUUAAAUGUAGAAAUGUAUGAAUGGAAUGUUAGCAGAAAUAUUUACCGUGUUUGUCAGUGGAUAUAUUUGCAGUGAACAUCGAUGUCACUUCAUUGUGUAAUUUGCCAGCUCGGUGAACGGACGUUACAAAAUUGAAACAGUGUUUAUAGUUUAACUCUAUCAUUAAAGAUACAAUAAAAGCUGCGUGGACUUUACGCGAUUAUAUUGUGAUAUGCUGUGACAUUAGCGAUAUUUAACUCAAUCCGGACUAUAGAGUAAAGUUGUUGUUGGUGUCUUGGACUAACUUGUGUAUCGAUUGUCCGAAAAUCAAAGGGUCGCGAAGAUGUUGCUAAGUUCUGUGAAUUUCGUCGUGAAGGGAGGAAAGUCCAAGGAUAAAAAGACUCGAGAAAUCAGCGAGGAAGAAAAGGAAGAAAAAGAGGUUACAUGCGAGGCGUGUGCGAGAAACAAAUUGGUGGACAAUUCCGUGUUCCAGUUUCCAAACCCAAGCCCCACACCGUCCAGAACCUCACAGAUUUCUGAUCCAGAAAGCACGGUGGGGGAUCGCGUCACCAUCACCACUGGUGACGACCUAUGUCUGAGUGUGGACCAGUUUUACUACACAAUCGGUCUCAAGUCCACGAAUUCCUUAGACAGCACAUGUAUCUUCCGAAAACGGGUACUGGAAACGCAAGGCGAAGAACACUGUCGGACGGAUACUGUCGUGUUUGCCCUGGAUUGUGACCGAGAUUUCUACCUCACAACAUCCCAGUCCAUGAGUCUAGAAUUAAAUCAUUACCCGCACCUCUCCACCGACUCAGUACCGGAAGCGCUCGUGUUCCUCGUGUAUCAGACAAGUCUGGGUCACGUGAUGGUCAGGCCACGCCUUCACAAGAACGCCUACUUGCACCACCUUGACAGCGACCUCUCCAUCCAACAGCUGAACCUGAACUGGCGGUGCCCCGAGGAAUACUUCUUCCACUUCGAGGCGGUGCCCGAAAGCCGCAACCAGUCUGUGACGUCAUCGACGACGUGUCCGCAUCACGUGACUAACGAGUCACGUGACAAAGUCUGCGUCGACAGCAGUCGGACUUGCGUGGGGAAGGAGAGAAACAGGAGUAGGAACGUUCAUGUGCAGAAAUUCGUGCUUCCGCAAAAUAAAGACACUGUGCUGCUCCCAACCAAAGCGGCGCGAAAACCGCAGCAUUUCUGGAAAAACCUGUUCAUUGGGUGUUUUAGCGCCAAAAGUCAUCACUUGCAAUGUACGUCAGCGUGAAGGGACGCUUGUGUUCUGUUUGAAACUUUGGUGGAAAACUGUCCGGUUUGAAAUCGCGGGAAAAACUUUGUGAUUAAUCCAGAGAAAGUAUUUAUUUAUUACGUGUACAUUAUAUAUUUUGUUUUAUAUAAGCAAAUGAACGUUGGUGUACAUAUAUUUUAAUAUUUAUUUAUUUAUUGAUGUUGUAUACAGUGUACAUAGAUGCGUGUUUUGUUGAACGGUUUCCAAUCGGAAAUCGCGUUGAAUCAUAGAAGGAGAUUAUUUUAUCAUUAAUCAUUUAUGUAUGUUCCAUUUCUGUUACACACACAUAUGUAUUGAUGUCGCCCUAAAUGAGAAAUCCGCGUACAUGCUAUCAAUGCAAACAUGUUUUCGAACAAAGCACGUGUUUCAAACCAAUGGCAUAAGAUCCCUAAAGGUUCUAUAAGAAGCUUACUUUUGCGUGGAAAAUGCAAUUUUCAAUUGCCAAGUUGCUAGAAAAAGACGUAUUAGUCUUGGCAUUAGAUCAUAAAAUUCAGCUAAGACCUAUGCAAUCAUUACUAGUAAUCACAUCUCACGCCAGCUAAGACCUAUGCAAUCAUUACUAGUAAUCACAUCUCACGCCAGCUAAGACCUAUGCAAUCAUUACUAGUAAUCACAUCUCACGCCAGCUAAGACCUAUGCAAUCAUUACUAGUAAUCACAUCUCACGCCAGCUAAGACCUAUGCAAUCAUUACUAGUAAUCACAUCUCACGCCAGCUAAGAC